AUUUAUGUGGGUUUUCAAUAAUUUAUUUUCAGUAAAUCUUCGAUUAAAAGAAAUAGCUAAUGAUAUAAAGGUCACAACUAAGAAUAUAUAGAUAUAAACGAUUGCUUUGCAUCUCCUACUGACAGUGUCGUCGUAAAACUUUCCACAUUUUUAUCUUCUAUAGAAUCACUUACCAUAUUUUAACCCAACUUUUCACCGAGCAUCCUUGAAUUAAAUUGCUUUAAAGAUUGUUAAAUGACCACGCCAUUUUUAUGGAAUAAUAAUAAUUAUAUUUAGUUAUAGUUAAAUACGGAGAAAAAUUAUCAAAGUAUAAAACACUUGUUAUUUAAAGUUUUCAUAUAUAUAACUUCAUAUUAAUAAACAUGCAUGGAUCCGUGUGUAAUUUUUUUUCGUCUGAUUGAUAAUCAUAAAACAAGUAAUAUUGUUAUAUCCCUACAAGCUUCCAUAGAUUAUUUCACCAUUUAUGGAAAUUCAUCUCUUAUCUAUACAUGUAUUUAAGACUGGGAAUCGCAGGUAUCCUAUUCAUUACUUACUAGUCCGUGCAGAGGUCGACAUGACUGAACUUCAAACAAUGAAUGAAGUACUGAGGAACCGGAACUUGACCACUACAGACCAGCACCUCAUAUCUACUUCCUGUUCCAAUUACAUCAUGCCGGUGUGGGUGACGCAUGCCUGGAUGUGGAUUAUCACACCAUUUUAUAUGUACUAUUUGCUCAGGCAGAAAACAAAGCCAAACAGAAUAAACUGGAAUCUCGUAACAAAAACCCUUCUCCUCUUUGUGAAUGUGAUACUCCUAAUUGUGCAAUUAGUGAUGAAGCUCAAACUUCGAAACUCCAUUUUGCAUGAAGAAACAAUAGAGGCAGUUUUGCAAAUUAGCACACUGAUUUUGGUUGGUGUGUUCCUAUAUUUUGAGCGAUGGAAAGGCUUUGUCUCUUCUGGAGUUCUGUUCGUAUACUGGGCUGUGUCCAUUAUUAGUACAUCAAUGUCAAUGUACAACAAAAUUCUGCACCAUAUGUAUUCACAUGAAAAAGAGUCUUUUUUAAUUUUCUGUACUGUGUAUGCAACACACUGGUUACAAUGGACUAUCUCAUGUUUUGCGGAAAUAUCUACCCGAUCAACAGAAGGAGAGAAAAAUCCAUAUUCAACAUCAUCAUUUCCAGGCAGACUUUUAUUUUUAUGGGUCUUCUCGUUGAUAUUAAGGGGCUAUAGAAAACCUAUUACAAAAGACGAUACUUUCCCUUUGGAGUCCAAAGACAAAGCUGACCAUCUCCUUUUGAAUUUCCAAAAGAACUGGGAAAAAUCUGGCAAAAAUGUAAAAGAAUGGUGUAUGGAAAGGAGAAAACCCAGUUUAGAAUCGGCAACAGAAAUUGAUGCUGGAGAGUCAUUAGUUGCAAAAGAAGAGAAUGAAGAUAACGCUUCUGAUUACCAUGGCAACGCCAGUCAUUCUCUCUUACUAACCCUCCUAAAUAUGUUUGGUUGGAAAUUUCUACUUCUCCACGUAUUAACUAUUUUUAAUUCUGUCUGUAAAAUGGCUAGCCCACAAUUACUGAGUUUACUACUCGGGUUAUUAUCAGAACCAGCAAAAGAGAAAGAUGCGUCAUGUCGUGGCUACCUUCUCGCCAUUUCUUUGUUUGUCGUUUCUGUUUUUGAGGUUUUGACUUACAUUCACUCCUUAACCACAGCUUUGAAGUUGGGUGUGAGAGUCAGGGCCACACUUAUGUCAGCCUUGUACAGAAAGGUAUUAAAAGUCGGAAAUAUCUCAAGGCAAAAAUCAUCAGUUGGAGAAAUAUUGAACUUAAUGUCAGUGGACACUUCCACAAUAAGUGAUUCCAUGCCGUUAAUCGGGAUGUGGUUUGAAAGUCUUCUGGAGAUAAUGUUUUCUUUGUAUUUUCUUUAUGAAAUUCUUGGAUAUGCCGUGUUUGCUGGAUGUGGUUUAAUGGUGUUGUUGGUACCAGUGAACGCGUAUCUUUCCUCAAAAUCAUUUAAAGUUAUUGAAGAUCAUAUGAAGCUCAAUGACGACCGAAUCAAACUUUUAUCAGAAGUUAUCAAUGGAAUUAAGAUACUAAAGCUUUAUGCCUGGGAAAUGAUAUUCAAAGACAAAAUCAUUGCAAAGAGAAAAACCGAAUUACGAAAAUUACUGAAUCUUAAGAUCUUAGAACGUAUUUUAGAAACAUUAUUUCACAUCACACCUUUUAUUGUGAUUUUUGCUACUUUUCUUACCUACAUUCUCAUCAACGAUAGGCCCUUGGACGCAAAGACUGUCUUUGUCUCCCUUUCGUUUUUCAACAUUUUAAAAUUCUCCAUUGAAAUGGUUUCAAGAUCUGUACAGGAAAAUAUGAAAUUUUAUGUGGCAAUUAAACGAAUACAGAAAUUCUUAAACAGUGAUGAUCUCAUAGAGUGCAAUAUGAAAAGGAUGGAUCAAAGAGAAAUUGCUAUUAGGAUUUCAAAUGGAACGUUUGCAUGGAACUGGAACAGCAGUGUGUUAGAAAGAAUAAAUAUGGAGGUGCAUGAGGGAAAACUUGUAGCUGUGGUGGGAAAUGUUGGUCAGGGAAAAUCUUCAUUGUUGUCAGCUAUUCUAGGAGAGCUGACAAAACUGAAAGGCACCGUCAAUAUUAAGGGUACAGUAGCAUAUGCCCCGCAACAAGCCUGGAUUCUAAAUGCUACUGUAGAGGACAACAUUCUUUUUGGAAUGAAGAUGGACAGAACACGAUAUAAUACAGUCCUUGAAACUUGCGCUCUUCUUCCAGAUUUAACCAUACUUCCAGCAGGGGAUCAAACCGAAAUUGGGGAAAAGGGAGUCAAUCUAAGUGGUGGGCAGAAACAUAGAAUAAGUCUUGCCAGAGCAGUGUACAGUGACGCAGACAUUUACUUGCUAGACGAUCCACUAUCUGCUGUUGACUCUCAUGUCGGCAGUCAUCUUUUUAACAAGGUCAUUGGACCAACUGGAAUGCUUAAAGACAAAACACGUGUUCUGGUAACCCACGGAAUACACUGGCUUCCAUCGGUGGAUCAAAUAUUUGUAUUAUCUGAUGGUAAAAUAUCAGAAAAUGGAACGUACGAUGAAUUGUUAGAUCAUGCUGGACCUUUUGCUGAAUUUCUGGAGAACGUUAAAAAUCAAACUAAUGAUUUUCAGAACGGAAACAUCGAUGGCUUAAGAAGACCUCUUACAUCCCAAAAGAGUCACAGUGAGUCAUUACGUGAUCUUAAUCCACGAACAAGAAGAACCUCGAGUGACCAGUUUGAGAAUCGAACAUCACUGAAUUUAGACACUCAAUUCAAAACAACAGAACAAUCCUCAGAUUUCCCACAUGCCGAUUUCGAGAAGGAUAUGACAAAAGAUAUUCUUAUAGAGGAGGAAACAACAGAGGAAGGAAAGGUAAAAUGGAAAAGGGUUAUAACUUAUUUUAAGGCCGUUGGUUUGAAAUACUGCCUAUUGCUGAUGCUAUUAUAUGAAGCGAGCGAAGGAUUGUCCCUGAUGGGAAACAUCUGGCUGAGUCGCUGGACGGAGGAUCCUAUACUGAACUCCGCCGUUAAUGUAACGCAAGACCACAAGGAGCUCCAACAACGAAACGUCUAUUAUCUCGGAUGCUAUGUCAGUUUUGGAAUAGGACAAGUUUUUUGUAUGGUGCUGUUUGGAAUUUUGUGGGUUACAAGAACAAUAUCGGCAUCCCAUAUAAUUCAUUCAAGCCUUUUGCAUUCCAUUUUACGAUGUCCUAUCAGUUUCUUUGACACUACACCGUCCGGUAGGAUAAUGAACCGUUUCUCUCAGGAUUUGAGUGCUGUAGAUACCAAGAUUCCAUUUUACAUUGAAAUGUCCCUCUAUUCUUUUACGGUGCUGCUCGGCACAUUGGCUGCCAUCACUUAUGCUGCUCAAUGGUUCUUGUUGGUGGCUAUUCCUCUUGGACUUGUAUACUUUGUCCUAAUGACUGCCUACAUACCAACGUUAAGACAGGUAAAACGAAUAGAAGCUGUCUGUAGAUCCCCAAUUUACAGCUAUUUCAGCGAAACACUGGCUGGUGCAAGUGUCAUUAGGGCUUUUGGCAAGGAGAACAAUUUUAUGCUGGAAAUCCAAAAAAGGAUUAAUGAUCUUCACCAAGUAAACUCGACCGACGUAGCCAUAUCGGGUUGGAAGUGCGUUCUGACAGAGCUGCUAGGAUGUGUAGUAAUUUUGUCAACCUCUUUGAUGGCGGUGGCGUCCAGAGACACCAUCAGUGCAGGAAUGGCCGGAUUAUCCAUAUCCUAUUCUCUACAAGUGACAAGAGUAAUGAAUUGGUUGGUGUAUUGUUUGACUCUUGUGGAAACAAAUGUAGUGUCUAUUGAGCGGAUUGCCGAAUACAUCGACACAGAAUCAGAGGCUGCUUUAAUUAACGAUACUCACAGACCUCCAAAGAAUUGGCCUGAUGAAGGUCAAAUUAUAUUUUCCUCCUAUUCCACAAAACACAGACCCAAUCUGGACACGGUCCUCAAAAACAUAAACGUCGUCAUCGAACCAAGAUCUAAGAUUGGCAUUGUUGGUAGAACUGGCGCUGGUAAGUCUUCCCUGGCUAUGGCAUUGUUCCGUUUGAUAGAGCCUGUUUCGGGAAACAUUGAAGUUGACGGAGAAAAUCUAACUGUUCUAGGACUUCAUGACUGUAGAUCAAAGCUGACGAUUUUACCUCAGGACCCAGUGUUGUUUUCUGGUAGUCUGAGGAUGAACAUAGACCCGUUAAAUCAGUUCAAAGAUGAGCAGAUCUGGAGUGCUAUAGAACAUGCUCAUCUAAAGUCCUUUGUACAAUCUCUGCCUUCAGGGUUGGAGUUUGAAUGUGGUGAAGGGGGAGGAAAUAUAAGUGCGGGUCAAAAGCAGUUAGUUUGUCUAGCAAGAUCUCUACUUCAGAAAACUAAAAUUCUAAUACUGGACGAAGCAACAGCUGCUGUAGACUUGGAGACAGAUGAUUUGAUUCAGAGGACCAUCCGAGAGGAAUUUCGGGACUGCACUGUACUCACUAUUGCACAUAGAAUAAACACGGUGCUGGAUUAUGACAGAAUUAUCGUUCUUGACAAAGGGUGUAUAAUGGAGUACGAUACGCCUAAUCACCUUCUAAAGGAUCCCAACAGCUUGUUUUAUGAGCUAGCAAGAAACGCAGGAAUUCUCAAAUAAAUUGAACGCAGUUUUAAAAACGUGUACAAUAUUUUUUUUGAGAGCAUUAUGACGUACACACAUGUAAAUGUUUUAAGGGGCCUGGGCAGUCAACAUAUUACACCCAUUGAAGUACUUAAUAAAAUGUUUAUUUUAUGUUAUGUUUUAAAAAAAUGUAUAAUGAUCGCAAAGACUGUAUUGAUUCAAAUACAUCAAAGCAACCUAGUAGCUUUUUCUCGUAUUACAACACCUGAUCGAAGUAACUGCGGGCCAUACGAUGCAAUGCAGCACUUUUUUCUGAACCUCGUGAUGUAUUGUCUCAUUAUUCUAGAAAAUAUACAACGGGACAAGCAAGACCUAAUAAGACCAGUAGCAAAUGAUUCGUUUGAAGAAGAGUCUAUGAUCGGUGUGCAGAGUCCAUGCUGCUAUAUUACUAGUAUACAUAUUAUCGACUGACUACUAUAUUGUAUUAUCCAUCAGGUAAGGAUGUUGAUAAUCGAGUGAAACCCUUUUUUAUGGGAGACACAGGACAUGCACUGAUUACGUGACUAUCAUUGCAAUGAUGCUUUGAUGCGCUAACUCUAUUAUUGCAGGUAUACUACUAAUGUAUACUAUUGUAGUGAAAUGCUAACUAAAAACAAUUUAUCAAAUUAGACAUGUAGUAGAGGGAAACAGAUUUUACUUUCAAAAGAGACGCGCUUAUGAAAUACAUGUACAUUAAUAAUACAUCUUCGUUGUAAUAAAUAAAGAAAAUUACUGUUUCCUUCUAAAAGAAUUCAAAACAGUUGCAGUCUUUUGUUUUCAAUUCAUAAUGCCAGUAAAGUUGCAUAUUGAAACCCUUCCAUUUAUACUAGUGAACAUGUAUGGUCCCAUUACCGACUCCCCAGAAUUGUCUCUGUUUUAUUACUGUUUUACGAAAUACUAUGUUAUAUACUUAUUUUCUGUACCAAUACCAUGUAUAUGUGAAAUUGUAAAAGAGUUUCAAUAAAAGUUACAUAUUGCA